ACCACACACAUUUGAGCUCUGACGCCUACCAAUAAGAUCAUUUCUAUUAGUGUAAACGGAAGUGAUCAAAAACUAUUUCCACGUUAGCGUUGUUAUUUAGACGUUUAUUAUCACCAUGGAACUGAAUAUCAGUCGUGUUGAUGCCAGGACUUGGUUAAUAGAUAUUAUUUAGGUAACGCUAAAUAGGUAUAGUAGCUGAUCACGUUAGCUAACAAUGGCUAACUGUAACGAUAUGGUUUUUCACACUCAAAUAGCCUCCAUCAUGGAGGUGCUAGCGAAUGCAGCCGUGGCAGAGAUCUGUAAACUCGUAGACGACGACUAUGCAGUGUUUCGUUUGGAAAUAACUCAAAGCCAGAAAGAUAACAGGACAUUGCGGAGGAAACUACAGCUACUGGAACUGAAGAUGGCACGGGAGCGCGCAGAGGGGACAAUGCGAGAGCGCGCCCUCGCAAGUCGUCCCAGUAGUGUCAAGAUCCUCGACCGACACAGAGGAAUGGCAAGAGGUGAAGAAAGUCUCACUGGAGGCCACAGGAGCUUUGUGAAGCCAAUGAAGCACAAUUCAUGGAGAGAUGACCAACCAAUUACUGUUGAUGAGGGGAGUGGAACCUCAACCCAGCAUGUUAUCAUGAUAGAGUCUGCAGAUGCAGAGACUGCAGGUCCUGGGGUCAAGAUGGAGAGGUCUGAAGGACAGGAAGACCCACGGCACAGCAGAGACAUCCAGACUGGAACGCCCUCUGUAGCCAUGGAGGACCCCACCACCGCCCCAGCGCAGCCCAGGACCCGAAGCAGCAUCACUGAGUCAGUAGACAUGGAGGAUGGGAAGCCUGAUCUGCUGCUGGUCAAAGAGGAGACAAUAGAAGACGAACCAGAGAGCAUUGAUCUGCUGAGUGGACUAAAGAUGGGGGAGCAAGGAGACUGGGUGGCCAUCUUGGAUACCCAGACCAGUGCAGCCAAGAGCCCAGGGGACAACAUCAUUGAUCAGGGCAGGACCAGAGGUGAUAUAGUGGAGUCUGCAGCCCAUGAAGACCUGCUGAUAUCCAAUGUUACUGGUGGGAGAGAGUGGACCUCUGAGGUGGCUGGCCAUAAACCCUGGACCCGGAUCAGGACCCUGGAUCAGGAGCCUUCGCUCUUCAUUCCCGAGUCGGAACCAGGACACAAUCGCGAAGUACAGAGACUCCACCACACAGAACACAACCAGUGGACAGGUGGACUGAACAACCUCAGUCCUGGUGGUCAUCAGAGAGACAGAGGCUCCAGUCAGGGAUCCAGUCUGCAGCCCAGACCCUUCUCUUCACAGUCUCAGUGCAGGGAUGAAGCAGGGCCUGGAGCUGAUAGAGAUAGACCCUCCUGUUCCUAUGAUACAAACACCACAGUAUCCAUGAUGAACAGAGCAGGUCAACCUGGGCUUCAGCCUUCACAGAGAGUGGUGGGAGACCCCCCUGGUGGUAGUUUUUCAGCAAGUCUGUCUUCUCCUUCAGUUUCUCAUCUAAUGCCUGGUGACUGGGUUCAUGGAAAGCCUGGGCCUGGGUCUAACCUUCCUCAGUUUCUUCCUGGUUACCCCACCAAUACAGACAGGGUCAGGAUGGGUGUACAACACGAGAGGUACCUAGCCUAUAACACAUCACAUAAUCCCAACAACACCCAAACCAUGGCUAGAGGUCAGGGAGGGAGCUCAAAGACUAACAAUCUGAGGGUGGUUCUACCUGCUUCUACCUCCUCUGGUGUCAUUGGGUCACAACAUGGGAGGCCGAGCAUUAGGACGGAUGCAGACAAGCCGUAUGCCUGCCCCACAUGUGGGAAAAAUUUUGCUAAGGCAAAAUAUGUGAAGCAGCACCAGACCAUUCACACCAAUGAGAGGCCCUUCAAGUGCAAACUAUGUUACAAGAGCUUCUCCUUCCUGAGUAUCCUUAUCAGACAUAAGAGUGUCCACAAUGGGGAGAAAUCGUAGCAGUGUGGCUUGAGUUUUACGCAGGGGAUAUCUGGGAACUAUUCUUUAGCUUAAAUAUUAUUGUUAUCAUGUGAAGUGUCUUGGGGUAAGAUAGUUUUUUGGAUUACUAAGUCCCUCAGUAUUUGGGCAUGCUGUCUUUCUCACAGGAUACAGACUUCUUGUUUGGUGUGCUGGCAUAGCUAUAACACUGUCAUUUAAGUCUAUAUUCACCCUUUCAAUUUGGUUUUGCCUGUGUACUAUUCAUAACAAAAAUAAUGUCCCUCUUUUAUAUAACACCUUUAUAACACACCCCAACCCCCAAAAAUUAUUUGGCAUAAUCAGGAGGCAUCUAAAAAUAGAUGAUCAAAUCGGUUAAUGAGAAAUUAUGUUAUCUUUUUAUUUGCUUCAAAAUUU